GCGCCGUAAGCUUUGAAAUGGCGCCGUGACUUCUGGCGUGAUUCUGUGCUUCACCAGACGAGUGGGAGCCCUCUGCACAUCCGCGGCUUGAGAUCUCUAUCUCGCGAGGCGUUCCACCAUGACGGCUUAUCAGCUGCCUGCUGAUCUUUGGCGGCAGCGAGUGCUGCCGUUCCUCACCAUUAUCGAGCUGCUAGCCCUCCGCAGCACCAGCAGCACCAUUGGAGCCUCCAUCGUCACGGCCAUCCUGCUGCUGCAUCGCAUCGACGGCUCUCUCGCCCGGCACGCCCUCUUGGGACUCAUCGAUAUGGACCGCACACACAAGGGCCCUCUGCUGUUCAGCUACCUGCUGCGAGUGGCCUAUGUGUUGGACCAGGGCGGCAGGGAGUGGCGUGUGAUGGGCACAUUCAUCCGUCUGGCCGUCAUCCAUGGUCUGACUCCCAACGGUACCGCGCCCCUGGUGCUGUCGGCUGAGUGGCUGGCCGCCCAUCUGCCCACCAGCAGCGCCUUCCACCAGCUGCCUCUCAUGUUGGCCAUUUACCGCUUGUGCGGCCAGCAGCUCAGAGACGGGGCAGAGAGCCUGGCGCUGCAACCAGAGGCCCAGGAGGGACGGCAUCGGAUCGGUCAGUGCGUGAUUCGUGUGGUGUCAUUGGCUGACUUGCCUGUCGGCCACUCGUACCGUGACAGCUACAGCCCGACGGAUCCCGCUAUCUUCUAUUCGGAGGGGCUCAGCCAGGGACUGUCAUCACCCUCUUUCUCGUCGUUUCUGUUCCACGGGGUGUGCCGCUUGUGGGGUCAGGGGUGGCGUCUGAGGGCCCUGCUAUGGUUACAGAUGGCCCGGCGAGACGACCACUGCUCGCGAGCCCUGCGGACUGCAAACAUCGACCCGGCUGACGGCAUGGUGGUGGACUACUGCACGGGCAAUAUCGGUAAUUAUCUAUGGCGCGAGGUGAUCGUGAGUGGCUUCCGGCCAGGCGAGACCGUCGCUGCCCACUUGACGGUUUCCCGCUACCACGUCAUGCUGUUCACAACAGAGUCUGCCACCACCGACAACACCCACUCGCUCGACAGCCGGUUCCCCGUGUCGAUGCCACGGCUCCGUGCUGUGCUGCGGCACUGCGGUGUGGAGCAGCAGGUCAUCAGCAGAGGGGAGGUCCGGGUGUGACUGACCCACACACACCAGCCGUCACGACCUGAGUGAGUGAGGCGUUGGGAACGAGUAGACAGUAAUUAGAGAGAUGUCAAUGAGGGCGUUAGGCAGUGAUUGGUUAGGUGUGGCAUCCAUCCUUUGUGUGUGUGUGCUCUCUUGUGUCUGACUGAGAGUGGAGAGGGGGUGGAGGUGGGCAGGUGGUGGUGUGUCAUCGUGACUGACUGAUGGACAGGGUUUAG